UGAACAACGUGAUGACCAUCGCUGGAUCGUCCGGACUCCAUCACACUCAGAAAGCGGAUCACAGCGUUCACACUGCCGAACCGAAGAGCGGGGAUCUAAUUCGGAUUAUGAGCCCAGUCCACUAUGAAAAUCUCCAGCUUUAGGCUCCAGUAAUAGAAGAAAACCCCGCAGCUGUCACAGCCAUCAGCGCAUCGAAAUGAACGGAACCACAGCUGCCACGGGUGGGUCGCCUUCCUGCCGCUUCGCCCACUAUUUUGUCGUGUGUGGAGUGGACACUGAGACGGGCCUGGAGCCAGACGAUGGAGCCGGUGAGGGUUUCGAGCAGAGCCCAAUUCGACGGUCCUUCAAGUCAAAGGUUCUGGUUCACUACCCGGAGAACACAGACAGAAACCCCUUCAACAAAGAUGCUGUCAACAUGCUCUGCCUGCCCAGAGGUCUGUCGUUCCGCACACAGGCGGACAGCCUAGACCCACAGUUUCACUCCUUCACCAUCGCCUCUGAUGAUGGAACACGCUCCUACGGUUUUGUUCACACCUUCUUCGAGGAGGUGACUAAUCCUCAGAUUAUCACAGCCAUGCAGACUCUCUAUCAGAUGCACCACGUGGAGCACCACUCCUCUUCCUCAGUGUCCUCCCCUUCAUCCUCCGCAUCUUCCUCCGCUUCCACCCCUUCCACCUCCAGCAUGGACUCACUUGCCAGCAGCUUGGAGGAGUCAGAUGCAGAGUCUUUAACAUCAGGAGUUUCUGGCUGCCUGGGCUGCGUGGGCUCCUUCGACGCAGCGCGUGACACGCUGUAUGUAUCCAAAGCCCUCUGCAUCAUCACGCCGCUCCCCUUUCUGCAAGCUUCACGACAGUUUCUGGCUCAGCUUCACCAGGCUGUAACAUCCCAGACAGCUCCACCUCUCCCUUUAGAGAGCUACGUCUACAACAUCCUGUAUGAAGUGCCCUUGCCUCCACCUGGACGCUCACUGAGGUUCCAUGGCGUGCAGGGGCCCAUUGUUUGCCAGCGGCCUGGGCCUGGGGAGCUACCACUGGGGGAAUAUCCUCUGGGAGAUGUGUUCUCUCUGCUGGGUGUGGACAAUAUGGUUAAACUACUUACCUGUGCACUGUUGGAGACACAAGUCCUGCUGUACUCCAAAGACUACCAGCGUUUGAUGAUGGUGGCAGAAGGCAUCACCACUUUGCUGUUCCCCUUUCAGUGGCAGCACAUCUACCUGCCCAUCAUAUCUACACCACUGCAUCACCUCCUUGAUGCUCCAGUGCCUUUCUUGAUGGGCAUCCAGCGCAGAGACGGAGCUCAGCGAUCCUCCCUCCACCUUCCGCAUGAGGCGAAUCUCUGUUUUGUGGACAUUGACAACCACUGUGUUGAAGCCCCAGAAGACAUCCCACUGUUCCCAGAUCAGACUGAGCUCAUACAGGAGCUAAGUGAGGUACUGCUGAGUUUUGGACUCCCUCCACGGGGAGGAAUGACAGCAAAAACCACAACGAGCUCCACCUCCCCACGCCUGAGCAGCUUGGUGCUGGAGGACCUGAUGGAGGACAGGAGGAAUGGGAACCUGGGAGGAGAGGAGCUGGCUGUGCUGGAGAGGCUCCAGGCUCUAGCGAGGAGAUGUGGAGGAGAAAAAGCAUCAGAGGGAGGAAAGACACUGGAGCACGUGCUUGAAGAGGAGAAAGAAGAGCUGAAGGCUGCAAAGUUAAAUGUUCAGCUGAGGGAGGUGUUUGCUCUUCGUUUCGCUGCCAUGUUUGGCAGAUAUGAGGACUUUAUUGUCAACAGUGCAAUGGAUUUGGACUCCUGGUUGAGCAAUAGAGAAGGCACUUGCAGCUUUGACAAGGGUUCUUUUCUUUCAGUUCAGCCAGCCACACACUUGCACUUCUUAUCCCGGUUCCUGGAGACCUCCAUGUUUUCCUCCUUCAUCGAUGGGAAGGUCAUAUCGCGGUGGGUGGACCGGGAGCCAUUGCAGCAGCUGUUUGACAGCCGUAUGGAGAGAGAGCGACUGUAUGACAUAAGCGACGAGGAGUCCCGGAAACGUCCUUACAGGAAAUGCACCACUCUGUUUGAGUCAGCUCAAGCAAUCGAGCGCAGGCUGCUGAAGAGCGACCACACGGCCAUACACCCCCACCUGCUGGACAUGAGGAUCGGCCAGGGCCGACAUCACCCAGGAUACUUCCCUAAGCUGCAGGCUGACGUUCUUGCACAGGCGUACAAGUAUUCUAGUCGCGUAAAAGCUUCACGUAGGACUGAACCCAGGAGGAUAACUGCUUCUGAACACACUGGAUCGGACAUUGAACCCAAACAGAAACCCAAUUUUACAAGGAGAACCAUCAGACAGUCAAAACUCCUCAACCCGUCACCCGAAGUUGUCUCUCAGACCCACAGGGAGUUUGUUGAUGGUCUUUUGCGGGAAUGUCGUCUGAAGACUAAGCGAAUGCUGAUGGAGAGGAUAGGGAAAGAGUGUGUGGAGCUGGGUCAGGGAGAAGCCAAUAUCACCGGGCUUCAGGAAAACACUCUCAUCCACGGUCUGUGUGAUCUGCUAGAGAGGACCUGGGGCCACGGCCUGCAGAUCAAACAGGGAAAGUGUGCAAUCUGGUCCCAUCUGCUGCACUACCAGGCUGCUCAGGAGAAGAUGGAAGCCCCAGUAGAUGUAGCAGGUUCAAACUGUUUGGACCAGAGGCUGUCUGAGGAUGGCUCUUUGCUCCAAAGAGGAUCGUUAAUUCAGGACAUGAGGUUUAUCCAAACCAUGAGAGACGAUUUGUCUGAGGUGGGCCAGGCCAGAGCUUGGAUCCAUCUGGCUCUGGAGAAAAAAAUGCUGUCCCAACACCUCAAAGAGCUGCUGACAAACCAGGAGCUGCUCAGGCAGCUGUAUAAACCUCAUGCAUUCCUGCUCUGCGAGGAAGAGAGAGAACAGUUUCUGUAUCACCUGCUCUCCCUCAACACUGUGGACUACCUCUGUUUUACCCGCACCUUCACCUCCAUCAGUAUUCCGUACCGUGUUGUUAUAAUUCCCAUGAAGAAGCUGAGCAUUGCCAUGGCAACAGUUAACCCCUGGGUGUGUGUCUCUGGAGAGCUGGGCGACUCAGGAGUUAGGCAGAUCCCAAAGAAUUCACAGGAAAUCUUUUUUCAGUGCAAGAACCUGGGCCGGCUGAGCACCUUGCAGCUGGGAGUGCAGGAGAACUCGGGCCUACUGGCCAAGUGUCUGAUCGACUGUGUGGUGGUGUACAACGAGAUCACAGGACACACCUACAGGUUUCCGUGUGGCCGAUGGCUGGGGAAAGGCGUAGGUGAUGGCAGCUUGGAGAGGGUCCUCAUCGGUCAGCUGGUGUCUCCUGGAGCUGAAGAGGAAGCUGGGAAGUGGUCAGGAACUCCUCCAGAGCUAGCGUCUCCAUCUCAGAGUGUCAGAACUGUAUUGGGAUCGCUGGGUGGCCGAAGCAGAAUGCACUCUGCUGAGGUGCAGGAGGACCUGAGGGAGGCGGCCAACAACCUUGUUAAGCAUUUCCACAAACCUGAGCAGGAGAGAGGGAACCUGACAGUCUUGUUAUGUGGCGAAGGAGGACUGGUCCUAGCUCUGGAGAAGUUCCUCCUCCACGGGUUCAGAUCCAACCGUCUUUUUCAGAGGAAUGUUUUUGUUUGGGAUUUUGUGGAAAAAGCCGUGGUUUCUUUGGAGACAAACGAUCAGAUGGGAGACCUGCAGGGAUCAACUCUACCAAAAGGUCCACCUUGUGACUCGCUGUGCCGCUACGUCCACGCCAUAAACACUUCUCCCCGGAACAUCGGGAAGGAGGGAAAAUUCCAGCUGUUUGUCUGCCUGGGAAUAAGGGACCGGCUACUGUCCCAGUGGUUCCCCCUGCUGGCAGAGUGUCCCCUAACAGCUCGGACAUAUGAGGAUGGAGCUCUGCUGCGGGACCGGGCUGCCCUACACUCCCUCUGUCGCAUCCUUCAUACGCUGAACGACUUCAGCAUUACCCUGGAGGCAGCGCUGGUCAAAGGAGUCGAACUCUGACCAUGAAAUGGAAACGCAUGCACCCUAAAGAGUUCAAAACUACUGAAAGGAACAAAAUGCAUCCAGACUCUUACAACAUUUUCAGCAGAAUUUCAAGCACCAAACAUAUCUCUUUAUUCACCGAUGUAAAAGUAUUAUAUCUGCUCCAGGAAAUAGUCCUGUGUUUGUCUACACUGUGAAAUCCCCUCGAGGAGAAAAGAUUGAACAUGCAGAAAAUAUCUGCUUACAUGAUCCGUCUUAUAAAAUAUUUUAGAACAAUUGUAACUAUUUCCUGCUGUGUUGCUUGCACUUAAGAUUUAAACAUGCAUGGCCAGAAUCUUCGUUUCAUUACUUUAGGUGUUGUAAUCUGAAGUGCCAUUGCUCAGGCCUUAUUAACCAUCAUUUAUUUGAUAUCUAAGUGAAUAUUGUUGAGAAAAUUAAUGUUCUCCCUGUAUAAUUUAUGCAUAAAAAUGUUACAUGAAGCUCUUGUUAUAGUAUCAUGUCUGGCCUGGUUCUUGUUUUUUUUUUUUUUUUUUCAGUUUUGGGUCAUGUGCUGAGCAGAGUCUGGCUUAUGAAAAACCCUAGUUGGAUCCAAGCUGGUGUCCUUAUUGUGUCAUAUCUAGUCCUGUUUAUUUCUCUGUCAGGAAUCCUUCUCACCAAUCUCGUUCGCUGUUAAUAGUCAUAUGCGUCAGAUUUCUCUUAAAGUUGCGCCAUCCAUCCCAUCUCAUUUGUUUCCUUUUUUCAGUAUGCAGUAAUAUGUUGUUAGCAUCAUUUUGUAGGCCCACUUUCCCAUGUGGAUGAUAGACAUGCUGUUUAAUUGUCUUAUAAGAUCAAAAGAGCACAGUUUCAUUAAAAAUGUGAAGGUAUUUUAAUGUUGCAUUUAAUUUAACAGAUAAAGAUAUGUGAAAACAGAUCUGCACUAUCCUGCAAGCACCAUGUACCCCAUUAUGACCAAGCCUCUGUUGUUUAGAUGCAGAUUAGAAAGAGCAAUAAUAAGUUAUUCAUGGUUUGUGCUGUUGAAAAAUUAAAGUUCUUGACACAGAUGAUUUGUUU